UACUAAAACCUAAUAUCUGAUAUCAGAACAUCGGAAGUGACGCUUUCUUCGUUGUUGGAUGUUGGUGGAUCUGGAUGCUAUUUCUUUAUUCUUAGUUAUUAUCCAUAAUUAUACUUCUUUUUUCCUCGGGUAAAAAUUCUCACAACUUGCCUAAAGUUGAGAGGACAACUUGUUAUUCUGUUCCACACCUCAUUGUUGCAUACAAAAGCAGAUUUUGCGGUUAAUGCCACAAACCGACUUUGUAAUUGCAGCCAAUUCAUGCAAAGUAGUAGUCUUUGACAAACUUGGAGGGUCUGAGGAUGGGGUUCUCGUUGGUGGGUUCAUUGGGUUCUCAAAUUUUGGUGAGAAAUUAUCAUCCAGGGAGGUCAAAGUUUCAAUCUUUUAGUGAAAGAGGAACGCAUACCAUCAAUUUCAAGUUAUCAGAGGUUCGGUCUCGUUCAGCAAGAAUUUCGUUCAGCAAGCGUGAAGCAAUUGAAUUUGAGGAGAGAACAAGCCCAGAUGAGGUCAGAAAAGAGAUAGAACAGUGCUAUGAAUUGAUACGAAGACUUGGGAGGGGAGUUGUUUAUUUGGGUUCAUCAAGGAUGGGACCUAGUCAUUCACAUUACAAGCAAGCACUGGAGUUGGGUAGAGAGAUUGCGAACCUUUUGGACUGCACUUCAUGGUCAGGGGCUGGUCCCGGGCUAAUGGAUGCUGCUACCAAAGGUGCUUUACAGGCUGGAAAACCAGUUGGUGGAUUUAAGAUAGGUAGAGAAGCUGGUGAAUGGACAGCCUCAAACUUUCAUCCUUAUCUGCCUUCAGAAACGUAUCUGACUUGCAGGUUUUUUUCUGCGAGGAAGCAUGGGUUGGUGGAUGCUGCAGUCAGGAGCACCAGCUCUAUCAGAACUGCUGUUGUUGCUCUCCCCGGAGGUAUUGGUACUCUGGAUGAGGUGUUUGAGAUAUUAGCACUGAUUCAACUGGAACGGAUAGGGUCAGAGCUUCCGGUUCCCUUCCUUCUAAUGAACUAUGAUUCAUUCUAUUCAAAGUUAUUGGACUUCCUUGAUAAUUGUGAGGAUUGGGGUACCGUGUCCAAAGGAGAGGUUGCAUCCCUAUGGAAUGUUUGCAACAGUAAUUCAGAGGCUUUGGCUUAUUUGGCUGACUUUUAUAAUCUCCCUCUUAGCGACAAAGGCAGGCUUGCUCAAAGUCUUCGCGGGACAGUCCCUUCGUAGUCUCCAGUGGAUGAUGAGCCAAUUGUUAUUAGAUUUGUUUCAACGUGUAAUGACAU